CUACUGCGGAAGUACCGAAUGCGGAAGUAACAGCACAGAGAUGCUGGAUAUGUUUACACGCAGUGGGUUUGUGAAUAAAUGAUCUUUUCCCAGCCAUUCCCGGUUUAAGCAGCUGUCUUUCGUGAUUCCGCACAAGAAUGGAGCAGGACGCGAACGCCGAGUCCGUGACGUCACCGCAGGACGCGAACGCCGAGUCCGUGACGUCACCGCAGGACGCGAACGCAGAGUCCGUGACGUCACCGCAUGACGCGAACGCAGAGUCCUUGACGUCACCUGCUGGACAGUCAGGCAAAUCCAAGCUGGACACACUGUCUAAACAAGAUCUGAUAAAGUUUGCAAAGAAACAGAUGGUGGCGAUGCAGAGGAUGAAGGCAAAAUGUGCAGCUUUAGAGCAGGAGGUGUUGAGGCCUGCGUGUGGCACGGCAGACCCCUCCGUCAUCCAGGAGCUGAGUGAGCGAAUGAGCGCUGUGCUGCAGGAGAAGGCCGAGAGUCAGCAGAGCCUGGCGCUACUGCGCAGAGAACACGAGGAGUUCAAGAAACAGGCACAGGAAACAGAGGGAAGAUUAGCCACUCUCCAGGAGGAACUAGACUUGAAGAAUAUCGAGUGUGCAGAAAUGCAGAGAAGCACAGCCGAGCUCACUGCUGGCUUUAGGGCAGCCUGCACUGAAUACGAGUCCAAGAUAUCUCAAACUCAAGAAGAGCUGCUGGAAGCCAAGACGCAGUGGACGGCCGCGACCGAAGCGCUCCGAGAAUCCCACCAGAUGAGCCUCACCGAGUCCCAGCAGGAGGUGGAAAAUCUGCAGAGGGAGAUGGAGAGACUGGGCAAGCAGUACGAGGAUGAGCUGCGCUACCUGGAGGAGCAGAUGGAGCUGAACGCCGCGGACUUCGAGAGGGAGCGCGAGCGGCUGCUUCUGCUGCAGGACGAGCUCUCGGAGCAGCUGGCGCUGAAGGAGGGAUUCCUGCAGGACGUUCAGGAGGAAGAGGAGGACAGCAAUCGAGCAGCGCCUCCGCAGCCGCUGGCGGACUCCUCUGCCUCGGACGACUCCAGCGACGAGGGCGGCGGGCUGAAGCUAGCCCUGGAGGAUUUGCAGGCUCAAAACAUGAUGUUUCAAGAAGAGCUCGAGUUUCUUAGAAAUGUGAAGGUGGAGCUGGAGUCUGAGCUGAAGCAGGUCAGAGAGGAGUUCACUGUGGAGAAGGAGGAGCUGGAGUUCACAAUCAACGAGCUUCAAAUGAGCAAAGACAGUGGUGAAGCAUCUGUGGGCAAAAGCGGAGAGGCACGCAGCAUCUCUAAUGAAGACGUCCAAACCUUGGAAGAGUCCCACAACCAAGACUCAAGGGAACUGGAAACUUGCUUUAGCUCCAGUGCUGAAAGAGAUCAGCCAGAACACGUCGUCGACGCUCCGCAAGACACACGCUCGCCUCCUCCUGAAGAUGAGAGCAUGAUCACACGUAAUAAUCUCAGAGACAGAACAGAGCACUUCAUGAAGCAAUACAGAGCCAUGAAGGAGCAAACCAUGUCCUCGGUUCAGGGUCUGCAGGACGAGCUUGAGAGCUUCUUCCAGGAGAGGGACAGUUUGUUAGAGCACAUUAAUGCAGAGAACACGCUGGACCAUGCAGGCAAGAUGUCCUUCGAGGACCUGAGGAACAAAACGGAAGAAAUCCUGGGGAAUCUACAACACAAGGAGACUCUUGUGCUAGAGUUCAUGGCAUCCGAAUCAGAAGGUGAACACAAGGAGACUCUUGUGUCAGAGUUCGAGGAGAAACUGAAGUCCAUGGCAUCCGAAUCAGAACGUGAGCACAAGAAGACUCUUGUGUCAGAGUUCGAGGAGAAACUGAAGUCCAUGGCAUCCGAAUCAGAACGUGAGCACAAGGCUCAGCUCGCGCAGAUCUGUACGCUGGAGAGUCGGCUGCUGUCGGUGAGCGUGGAGAAGGACCAGCGUAUAAACCUCCUUGAUGAGGAGCUCUCUGCUCUUCAAGCCGGACAGGAGGAGUGUCAAGACACCAUCAAACUCCUCCAGGCUCAGAUCGUGUGCCUGUCGGACGAGGGAAACGCCCUUCGGCGAGACAGGGACGCUAGUCAGGAGCAUCUUUCUGACGUUCGGAGCCACAUCACUGAAAUCCUCAAGCAGAGUUUCUCUGAGACGGAGCUGGAUGGCACGGCGGAUGUCUCUGCUCUUAUAAACCAUCUCUGGAGUAAAUCUCUGGAGGAGAAGGCGCUCCUGACCCAGCAGUGUGAUGAAGGUGUAGAGCGGUUGGCGGCUGAGCUGGAGAGCGCGAGGCAGUCGGCGGAGGAGCGUCAGGAGCGCGUCGACGAGCUGCUCCGCGAGAAGCACCUGCUGAAGGCCAGUCUGGAGGAGGUGCUGUUGGAUACAGAGGGACUGCAGAAGGACCUGAGGGAAAUGCAAGGCAUGAAUGAAAAGCUGAGGGCAGAAAACCUCAGCCUGCUUGCUCAAGUUGCUGACCUGAGCCAGAGUUCAGAGGAAAAAGAGCCGGCGGAUGAAACGGACGCACAAGUUCACGAGGCCAAUGAGCUCCAACAGGUUCUGGCUGACAAAGACACUCUAAUAUCUCAGCUCAAAGAAGAAGUUGGUCUCUUGCAGACAUGCAAAGAGUCAUCGGUGUCUGAUGAAAAUGAGAAACUGAAAGAGUUAUCUGAUGAAAUAGAAGCGCUGAAGAAAGCAAGCAAGGAUAAGGAUGAACGCAUGAACAAGAUCAAAGCGGUUGCUGUGAAGGCCAAGAAGGAGCUGGAGCUCAGCAAGAGCGAGGCCGCCGCUCUGAGGGAGGACGUGGAGCAGCUGAAGGCUGAGCGGGACCGUCUGGCACGCUCUGUGAAGGACAUCAUCCACGGGGCAGAGCACUACAAGAAUUUGCUGGUGGAUUAUGACAAGCAGACUGAGCGGCUGGAACAGGCGGAUAAACACAGUGAAGAUUUGAGCCGGCGUCUCCAGAGUGCAGUUCAGCAGCAUGAGCUGCUGUCGUCAGAGCGAGCGGAUCUGGAGGCCCGUGCCGAGGCGCUGCAGAGGACCGUCACACAGCUGGAGGCGCAGACGCUGGACAUGCAGAAGCUGGAGCGAGAGCUGGAGGCAGAGAGGCUCCUCAGAGAGCAGAAGACUAAGGAGCACCAUGCUGCAGUGAAGGAGGUGGAGGAGCUUCAAGCUCAGCUCAGCAAACACACACAUCAGCUCCACCAGACGGCUCAGGAGCUCGAGCAGCUGAGAAAGGGCGCUCAGCAGAGCUCACUGAUGGACAUGGAGAUGGCGGACUACGAGAAACUGGUGAAAGAACUCAAUCACAAACUCUCUGAGAGAGACAAACAGGCGGAGGAGCACCAACUGCACAUGCAAACACAGAGAGAGCGAGAGCAGCGGCUGAACCAGGACAUUGAGUCUCUGAAGUCCUCGCUGGAUCAGACGGAGGAGAAAGCCUCCAGGAUGAAACAACUGCUGGUCAAAACCAAAAAAGAUCUGGGAGACGCAAAACAAAGAGAAGCAGCUCAGAUGAUCAGUCAGGCGUCUCUGAGAGGAGAACUGGAGGCCCAUCAGCAGCAGCUGGAGGAGUAUAAGAUUCAGUGCAGUGAUCUGACAGCGGAGCGGCACCGUCUGCAGGAGCAGCUGAAGCUGAUGAACGAGCAGCACACACACACGUCACGCUCACAGCAACUCAGUGUGAAGAAGCUGCAGGACGAGAGCGCAGCCGCCAAGGCUGAUCUGGCGGCGACCGUGUCUGAGUUCGAGAGCUAUAAGGUGCGUGUCCAUAAUGUCCUGAAGCAGCAGAAGCACAAGAGCUCCGGCCAGAGCGAGGGAGACGCCUUCAGACAGGAGAGAGAGCAGAUGGAGGCUGGGCUGGAGCAGCUGCGCAGACGCUUGCAGGAGACGCAGACCAGCCUUCAGUGCAGCACAGCAGAACUGCAGCAGCUGCAGACGGACCACGACACACUGCUGGAGCGGCACAACAAGAUCCUGCAGGAGAGCGUCAGCAAAGAGGCAGAGCUUCGGGAGAGGCUGCUGUCGCUGCAGUCCGAGAGCGUGUCCCUGCGGUCGGAGCACGGCCAGUGCGCGGCUCAGCUGAGCGCUCAGACGGAGGCUCUGCGCAUUAGCUUCCGCGAGCAGACGCGGCUCCUGCAGGACGAGCACUGCCGCACAGUGGAGACGCUACAGCAGCAGGUCAACCGGCUGGAGACUCAGCUCUACUCUCUACAGAGGGAGCCCGUCAGUGCAGUGCAUCAUCCUCAGGGCAGGAAGGCUCAGGCGGACCGGAAGCCAGCGGACGCUUCAGCGCUGGAUCUGCAGGGCGAUCGAGAGGAGGGCGAGGGCAUGGAGACCGCAGAGACUGAGUCCCUGUCCUCCACCGUGACCCCGCUGACCUCUCUGGAGCAGCUGCUGACCUCUGACCUCAAACACGAGCCUGCUGACUGGCAGAUGGAGCCCAGUAAAGAGGAGCUGACGGUGAAGCUGAGCAGCGCCGCCCGCAGUGUGGAGCACCUGAACGGCCUUCUGCACGAGACCGAGGCUACCAACGCUGUCCUGACCGAGCAGAUCACUCUCCUGAAGAGUGAGGUGCGGCGGCUGGAACGUAACCACGAGCGGGAGAAGUCUGUGGCGAACCUGGAGUACCUGAAGAACGUGCUCCUGCAGUUCCUGUUCCUGCGCUCCGGCAGCGAGAGGCAGGCGCUGCUGCCCGUCAUACACACCAUGCUGCAGCUGAGCCCGGACGAGAAGAGCAAGCUGGCGGCCAUCGCUCACGGCGAGGAGCAACCGGCGGGCUCGCAAGGCUCGGGCUGGACGUCGUAUCUGCACAGCUGGUCUGGGAUCAGAUGAGGCUUCACGUAUACACACAUCAGCUGAAGGACAUCCGGCCACAACAGACCUCGCUGUAUUCAUGCCUUAUUUCUCCACUGCACUGUAAUGGGGUUUUGAUUUGGGUUAUUUCCUGAAGAUUAUCGCUUGGAAAUUGUUGGUCAUAUUUAUCAUAUUUUAACAUAAAUGAUACAUUAUCAUUUUUUCCUCCAGUUGUAAACCUCGUAUCUAUAAGAGAUUGUGAAGUGCUGUGAGGUUCAUGUGUAAAUCUAUCAGUGUCUAUCAGAGAAUAUAGUCCAAGAAUUAAACUACUUCCAGAGCU